UGUUUCACCAGUUCCACGUGAAUGCAGAAGAUCAAGAUUACCUACGUUUCCUAUGGUGGGAGAAUGGAAAUCUCGAAGCAGAACCCUCCAUCUACCGGAUGAAAGUCCACCUGUUUGGUGCAGCCUCCUCACCUGGCUGCGCCAACUUUGGACUCAAACACCUCGCUGCUGAAGGACGUGGACGCUUCAGUGAAGACACCAUCCGCUUCAUCCAGAAUAAUUUCUAUGUUGAUGAUGGGUUGGCAAGUGUAACAUCUGAAAGGCAAGCGAUCCAACUAGUGAAAGAGGCAAGAGAACUAUGUAGCACAGGCAAACUCCGGCUGCAUAAGUUCAUCUCUACCAGCAAGGAAGUCCUAGCCACAAUCCCUAAAGAGGAAUGUGCUAAAGUUGCCAAGGACUUGGACAUGGCACUCGGAGAGCAACACAUGGAUAGAGCACUCGGUGUUCAGUGGUGCGUGUCUUCUGACCAGUUCCAGUUCAGAGUGCUUGUCAAAGAAAAUCCAUUUACCCGAAGAGGAGUCUUGUCCACGGUUGCCUCAGUAUAUGACCCGCUUGGGUUCGUGGCACCCUUCAUCCUGGUUGGAAAGCAGAUACUGCAGCAGAUGUGUCGUGACAAGCUCAGUUGGGAUGACCCCUUGCCUGAUGACCUUCGACCCUUGUGGGAAUAUUGGCUCAAAGACCUGAAAAACCUGGCUGGUGUGAAGAUCCAGAGAUGCUACACUCCACCAAGCUUCAACGUCCAGCACUAUGAGCUCCACCAUUUUUCGGACGCCAGUGUGUCAGGCUACGGAGAGUGCUCAUACCUCAGAGCGGUCAGUACAUCAGGUGAAGUCCACUGUACCUUAGUCAUGGGAAAGUCAAGAGUCACCCCUUCUAAGGUCACGACCAUACCAAGACUAGAGCUGUCAGCAGCAGUGGUAGCUGUCCGCAUCAGUGACCUGCUCAAGAAAGAGCUUGAAGUAGAAUGCCUACAAGAAGUAUUUUGGACUGAUUCUAUGGUUGUACUUGGAUACAUCAGUAAUGAAGCCAGAAGAUUUCAUGUGUUCGUAGCAAACCGUGUAGAACGCAUCAAGCGAAGCACAGAGUCAGCGCAGUGGAGGUAUGUGACUACUGAGGAGAACCCAGCAGAUCACGCCUCAAGAGGUCUCACGGCAGAACAGCUUGUAGCCUCUAACUGGUUCACAGGCCCAGCCUUUCUGUGGCAGAAAGAGCUACCAAGUGGAGAUGUAAAGGUGGGAGAUAUCUCAAUUAGUGACCCAGAGCUCAAGAAGGCCCAGGUUCAUGAUACUCAGGCAAAGGAGGUGAGGUCGCUUUUAGAUCGCCUACACAAGUUCUCAGACUGGUUAAGAGUGGUAAAAGCUAUUGCCAGGCUCCAGCGCCGUGCAAAGGAGGUCAAAGGUCUCAAGCCGAAGUCCUGUGAAGCCAGCAGUCUAGAGGAAAGAAGAGAAGCAGAGAUGACCAUAAUCAAGAUGGUUCAACAUGCAACCCUAUCUCAAGAAGUCCAGUGCCUCCAGCAUCACAAGGAGAUAGGUCGCAAGUCCAAGUUGAACAAGCUAAGUCCAUUCCUGGAUAACAAAGGAAUCAUCAGAGUGGGAGGCCGCUUAACUCAUGCUGCCCUACAUCCACAUGUGAAGCAUCCAGCAGUUCUUACAAAGGACAGUCAUGUGUCAGCAUUGUUGGUCAAGCACUAUCACGAGAGAGUGCACCAUCAGGGCCGAGGAAUGACUAGGAACGAGCUCCGCUCGAAUGGCAUAUGGAUCCUUGGAUGCAGCAAGACAGUGUCAUCCCAUAUUUACAAGUGCACUAAGUGCAGGAAGUUCAGAAGAGGCACUGAACAACAAAAGAUGGCAGACCUCCCGGAAGAUAGGAUGGACACUACUCCUCCGUUCACUUACUGCGGGAUGGACUGCUUUGGACCAUUCCACAUCAAAGAAGGAAGGAAAGAGCUAAAGCGUUACGGGCUAUUACUUACCUGCAUGUGUUCUAGAGCAGUACACAUAGAGAUGCUUGAUAGCAUGACCACCGAUGCCUUCAUUAACGCUCUGCGCUCCUUCAUCGCUAUUCGGGGAAUGGUACGGCAGAUAAGAUGUGAUAGAGGGACAAACUUCGCUGGUGCAAGGCGUGAGUUUGAUGAGGCAUUGAGAGAGAUGGAUCAAGAGGAGCUCAAGGAACUGGGAUGUGAGUUCAUCAUGAACACCCCAGCUUCAAGUCACAUGGGUGGUGUCUGGGAAAGACAAAUCCGCACCAUCAGGAGUGUUUUGACGUCUAUUCUAGAACAGUCAGCCAAACAACUUGACUGUUCCUCUCUACGAACAUUCUUAUACGAAGUCAUGGCGAUCGUGAAUAGUCGACCUCUGACUACUGAUAACCUGAAUGAUUCAUCUAGUCCAGAGCCUUUGACACCGAACCACAUACUGACCAUGAAGUCUACGAUUAUAUCCCCUCCUCCUGGAAAGUUCGUUAAGGAAGAUAUUUACAUCCGCAAGAGAUGGCGUCGGGUUCAACUCCUAGCCAACAACUUCUGGUCACGAUGGAAGAAGGAGUACCUCUUAAAUCUCCAGCACAGACAGAAGUGGGUCAAAGACUGCAGAAACGCGAAGGUUGAUGACAUCGUUCUACUAAAGGAUGAGCUGACGCCGAGAAACCAGUGGAAGUUAGCUAAGAUUAUCGAAGUCUAUCCCGGGAAGGAUGAGAGAGUAAGGAAGCUCAAGCUGCUCAUCGGCGACUCAACUCUGGAUGUAAUGGGAAGGCGCACCUCCAAGCCGGUUCACCUCGAGAGACCCAUUCAUAAAACAGUCACACUGUUGGAAGCAGACUGAAGACCACAGGGUUUUAAGCCUACUCUGUUUAUUAGUGACCAAAUUUACUUUAUUUGAUGUUUUAUAUGCAGUAUAUGUCCUUAAGAUGUUUAAGUAAUCACAGGUGAUUGGUGGGAGUGUAACUGCCGCACAUUGGCAGUUUGUUUAGUUGGUUAACCUCCCGUUUUUGGUUCCUACUGGUUAUAAUGGCACUGGGGCGGAACUAAUUGCCGCCGUCAUAUGUUUUCUACACCACACCUUUAAGCGACGUACCUAGCCAAACAGCGCGAAAGAAGCAGCACAAUCAAUAAGCUAUAAAUUAAAGUUAAAAGUAAAAGCACAUAAGAAGAAGAAGAAAAAACUAUAAAGGACAAGCAAUAAGAUAAGAUUCCCUCAAGUAGUAAGCAGUGGACGAGUUCUCACGGGUUGGUUCGACCUGGAAAUAAAACCCCGUUUUCUAACAAAGA